UGCUAAUUUCAGUAAGCUCGCUUGCACUUAAAGUUCUGUCACUGUCAUCACAGUAUAUAUGCUGUCAUCCGCUUUUGAAUCCGUUAGUCAUAUCCAUGGUGGAAAAAAAUGUGUGAAUAAGAAAAGGAAUUAAUGAUAUAGGAAGUAUACAAAAUAAAAAAUCACUGGGUAGAGACAACAUGCGCAGAACAAACGCAAACUGAGCGACAUGUUCUCUCGUUGAAUGAGUUAUAGUCCCCGCUUUUUAUUGGAAUGCGACAUUCUAUAGUGUGCAACACGUGGUUCAAUUUUCGUGCGCUUAAUGUGAAUUAACUUUAUUUUGAAAAAGUGAUAUCUGUUUACAUAUUUUCACCGGCAUAAUUAUGACGACUAAAACAGGAUUAAAACGUAAAAAAGUAGAAAAUGCAAAUGAAAACAAUGUACCAGAAGCAGAAGUUCUACCUGCUAAAAGAAUGUCAAAUGAACCACCACCAAAGAAGACAUCGUCAUCUUAUGGAUAAUUUAAAAACACUUAUGCCUCAUCAUCGAACUGAAUCUAAAAUGGAACAUACAAAAAAUUUACAAGUAGUAAAUGAAAUGUGUGAAAUGAAAAAUUGUAAUAAAACAAUAUUAUUUGAGGGUAGAAGAAAAAGAGAUUUAUAUUUAUGGUUUUCGAAUGUUCCUGUAGGACCUUGUGCAAAAUUUCUUGUUGAAAAUAUCUACACAAUGGAAGAAUUAAAGAUGAGUGGAAACUGUUUAAAAGGAUCUCGUCCUUUAUUAUCAUUUGACGAAAACUUUAAUACAAAACCACACUAUAGUCUUUUAAAAGAAUUGUUUGUUCAGAUAUUUGGUGUACCUAAUCAACAUCCUAAAAGUCAACCAUUUUUUGAUCAUGUAUAUACAUUCAGUAUAUUGGAUAAUAGAAUAUGGUUUAGAAAUUUUCAAAUUUUGACUGAAGAUGGUGGUUUAGCUGAGAUAGGUCCAAGAUUUGUAUUGAAUCCGAUAAAAAUAUUCGCUGAUAGUUUUGGUGGAGAAGUACUUUGGGAUAAUCCAACUUAUAUUUCUCCUGCUAAGUUUCGGCAAGUUUUAAAAAAGAAAGAUUCAAGUAAAUAUGUAAACAAGCUAGAACAAAAAACAGCAAAAGAAGUUAAUAAACCAAAUGAAUCUUAUUCGUUAAAUCCUAUGGAUGAGAUAUUUAAAGAUGACCCGCUAGAAAAAGCAUUGGAACUACAAGAAAAAGAAACAGAAGUAUCAAAGAGUACUAGUGAAAUGAAGAGAGUAAAGAAAGUGAAGAAACAUUCUAAAAAGUAUUCAGGAAUUAAAAGUAAAAUAACUAAUUCCAGAAAGAGAAUCAAAAAACAAAAAAUUUAAUAUUAUGUUUAAAAUUUUCCAACUUUUUGUGAACAGUAAAUGUUUAUUUAAACAGUAAAUGUCAUUACAAUACAUGUAAUAUUACAAAUAAAACAAUACUCGUGAAGUUAAUAGUU